UCCGAAAAACAUUGAUAACAACGUUACGCAGAAAAAGAUACAAUCAGAAAAUGAACAAAAACAAAAUAAAUUUCAGUCAAAAUAAUCUCACAAAAUAACAGUCGAGUGAUAAGCACUAAUUAAACGGAAAUCAAUAUGAAUCAAGAAAGUGUUCCGAUCAUUUUUGUUCUUUAAAUUGGAAUCGAAAUUUUAAUGUUCAGAUCUUGUCGGGACUACUUUGUGCGACGUAUACGUAUGGAAAUGACGUAAAUUUUCGUUUUAUGCUAAUUCCAAAAAACACACAAAAAUCUUACAAAAAAAAGGAAAACGAAUUGCGUUAGAAACUAUUGACUUUUUACGUUUUGUUGCAAACAUUUAAUUGGCUUGAAUGCUUCGGCUUCAGUAAACUGUUUGAUUAAUAAUUUAUAUUUUCGAAUUAAAACAUGGAUCCGCUAGCUAAUAAAUCAAAUAUUCCACCACGGCUACCAGGACCCGCGAUAAAUCCAAUCAUUACCGAUUCGGAGGAACCGCAUCCCAGUUUGAGUGAUUGGCACGACUAUGAACCAAAUUUGGAAUUUGAUGAUACGGAAUUGACGCAUGCACCAGAUCCUAGCCAAAUUGUCUUAGACGAUGAAGACUUUGUUUCUGGUGACUUCGCAAAUGUCGACGACGAUAUUAAUGAAACACUGGAAGCAGACAAUUAUGAGGAGCAAUUGAAUCCGUUAGAUGCCAGCGAAUUGUCGGCCAUGGAAAAUUAUGCGAAAUUAAAAUUUAUCGAUUUCUACGGUACGGACAAACAGGGACAGCACAUUUUUGCCAUUUACGCCUGCCGCCUGCCCGAGAAAAAAGAUCUAAAUGGCACCACUUUCAUUGAAUACAUAAUCAAACAAAUGGAGCCAUACGUUCAAAACGACUACGUUAUCGUCUACUUCCAUCAGGGAUUGAAGGAAGACAACAAACCGUCGAUCCCGUUCCUGUGGAAUUCCUACAAAGAUUUGGAUCGCAAUUUUCGUAAAAAUUUGAAAAAAUUGUAUGUCGUUCAUCCGACGCUGUUCAUUCGCCUGAUUUGGAAUUUCUUCAAGCCGUUCAUCAGCGAAAAGUUCAAAAACAAAUUGAUUUACAUCUCAAAUUUGGAUGAACUUAGGCAAUCGUUGGGACUGAAUCAACUGAAACUACCGGAAAACAUUUACGAAUUUGACGAGAAGAACAGUAGAGGAAAUAAGUCGGUGGUGGACGGCACUAAAAUGGUAGCUGACGAUAAGAUUCCCAAAAGUACACAGUUCGGCGUAUCACUUAAAUUCAUCAAUCAAAACAGUCCGUGCCUGAAUUACAUUCCUCCGAUCGUUCGGAAAUGCGUUGAUUCACUGUCCAUAACUGGCGUUAUCGAUACGGAGGGCAUUUUUCGUCGGUCCGGUCACUAUGCCAAAGUCGUUGAAUUGAAACAGAAAGUGAAUGGCGGCAACGAUGUCGAUUUUAAGGACGUCGAUACUCACGUAAUAGCUGGAUUGCUGAAGACGUUCCUGCGAGAUCUGGAGGAGCCGUUACUGACCUACGAAUUGUACGACGAAAUUACGAGCUUUUUGGAAUAUCCCAAAGAGGAGCGAUCCAGGAAUGUUAAACAAAUGUUACGAGAAAAACUGCCUAUUGAGAAUUAUGAACUUUUUAAAUAUUUAAUUGAAUUUCUAGUGAAGGUAAUGGAAUGCAAAGACUUAAACAAAAUGACUGCAUCCAAUUUGGCCAUUGUCUUUGGACCGAAUUUAGUGUGGGCAAAACACAAUCAAAUGUCGUUGGAAGAAAUCGGACCGAUCAAUGCAUUCCUGGAAUUUGUUCUGCAAAAUCACAGAGACAUUUACAUGGUCGACAUCAAUCAGAAAGAGUCAAUCGAUUAACCCAGGCUACUUUAAACGAGUUUUACUUUCUGUGUAUUUUUUCUUAAAUUUCAUUUCUUUUUAAUUAUUUUAAUUGUUGGUUGAACAGUUGAACAGUAAGCCGUACAUUUAACACUCUUUUUUUUAAAUUCAUUUCGUAUAUACAACUCACACAGUUACCUAACGACUUUGAUUAAAUCAUUAUGGAAUGUGUAACCAACUGCAGUUGUACUAACCAAAGAAAUCAUUAAUAUUGCAAGCAAUGCUCUAGUGUAAAUAAAAUGUUGUUCAGUCAACUAGAAAGUGUAAAAAGAAAUAUUUAUGAUAAUUGAAAGUGGAAAUCCUUAUCUUAAAUCCCUAAAAAUACAUGGACACAUCACUCGGUACGAGUUAUAGUAGCACUAGGCUAAUACUAGGUUCUGAAAGAA